AGUCAACAGAAGUUCGAGAGCGAUCAAAUGGAGAGGGUUGCCAGGUACGCGGCGGAGCGCGGAGUCGAUGUGCCUGGCACGGGUGGUGUGAGGGGAGGAGAGGCGGGGCGGCAGCCCGUGGAGGGAGCGUUAGGAGGGGUCGGGGGAGAUGGUGGAGGCGGAGACACGGAGGAGGGCGCGAUCGACGUCGAUCGCGAGGCGCGUGUCCCGGGCGAGCAGGGAGUCCCAGGACACGAGGACGUGCCUGAGGUUUAUCCAGGCAUUGGGGAGAGGAUGGAGGACUUUUUGAGGCGAGCAGCCAAGGGACCUGUAGGGGAGGGUUCUUCCAAGAGGAAGGAAGGUGGAACAGAUCCGGUCGCCGCCCCAGGUGGGAGGCUUCGCCAGCAGAAGGUCACUGACGUCUACGGUGGCGAGUGGGUUGCUCGCCACAAGAAGACAUUCCUUCGCUGGCUCUAUUCCAGCGGGGUCCCCUUCAAUGCCUUCCGCAACCAGGCUUGGAAGGCAUACCAGCAGGUCCUUCUUGGGCAGCCUGACAGUUCCCCGCGCGCUGUGCGCCCCAGCCACAACGAGAUUGCGAGUAUGCAGGCGGUGCAGACCCACCGUGAGGAUCUGGCGGAGGAGUUCAAAGAGGACGCUCUGCAGGCGAUGAUGCGAGGGGAUGACGGGUGGGAGUUUGUUUCUAUACCGUGGUCCGCCGAUGUGUGUGACAUGGCGCGUUGGGUGCGCCGACAGAUCAGAUGGGAGCCUUGGUGGCACACGAUGGCCACCAUAGUCCACAUCAUGCAGCCCGUCAUGGAGCUGCUUAGGCGGAUGGAUCGUGCGGGGCAGUACAUGUCCCUCAUGAUCGAGUGGACACAGAAUCUUGUCCGCCGUGUCACUGAUGCAUGCGCUCCUUUGGGGAGGGUUUUCACUGACCGCAUAAUCAGGCGUGUGCAGGCUCGCACACAGCACAUGCUGGAGCCGGCUCACUGCGCGGGGUUCUUACUGAACCCCCGCAGGCGACAUGUUGAGUACUUUUCGGGCGAGGUGAGGGAUUACCCUCGUUGGCUUGUAAGGCAAGCCAAGAGGUACAUUUUGACGCAGACGGGUUACGAGGAGGAUGGUGUGGAGUACAUCAUUGCAUGUCGACAGUUUGAGGACUUCCACAUGCAGCAGGGCACAUUUGGGGAUUGGGGAGGGGGGGAGGGGCGUGCUCGUGGGCGUGCUUGCAGCGGCGACAGGGAGACGAUUGAGUGCCCGUCCUGGUGGUCUCAGUACGGGUCUGGCGCGCCUGAGUUGCAGCGCUGCGCUCUUCGUGUGAUGCACAUGUGGUCUUGCGCCUCUCCAGCAGAAAGGAACUGGGCAGUCCACGAGGGCAUUCACACGAAGAAGCGGAACCAGUUGGCCUUUGAGAAGGUCGUUCGGCUCGUUGAGAUCACCGCGAAUGUGAGGUUGUCGGAGUAUCGAUGGGCUGGGGGGAUGACGCCGGAGGAGAUUGCCCGUCAGGUUGCGCUUAUCACCCAGGAUCCCAUCGGGGUCUCCGCACCACCCGCCGCUGAGGCAGUAUUCGGUAGACGUGCUUCCAUUUUCCGUCCUUACCGCAGGGAGGAUGAUUCCGACGAGGAGCCGGUACCCGAGGCAGCGGACCACCCCGCGCUCCGCAUUCCCCAUGAGAUCGACGAGACGCACCUGGAUCCCAAGGAGGACACCAGGGCGCAUACUGCACGACGGGACGCUGACAGGGCGGAGAGGGAGAUGAUGGGGGGAGAGGAGUUGUGGGGACCGUUCGGGGAGGUCGCUUCGACGGGCGGCACAGGAGCGCGGACGACGAGCCCCGCUCCGACGAGGCAGGAGUCGUCCAUGCCGCCACCUUCUGCUCCGAGUCUUGCACCGCCCUCGCCCGUCGCGCCAUAUGAGCCGACCACAGCAGCAGAGGACACGGAGGAGUUGGCGUCCUCUUUGCCUCAGCGCGGACUACUCCACAGAGGCGGGGCAGUCCGGCAGCUGAGGUUACGAUCACCUUUUCCGGGGGUCUUGCAGGAGGAGGGGGGACCGUCGGCAGCAGCAGUGGAGGGGGAGAUGGCAGUGGAGGGGGGAUUGGCGGACACGACGAUUGCAGGUGUGGUGGACCAGAUAGCUGUAGCAGCAGCGGCUUCAUUGCUAGAGGAGAUGGCAGCUUCAGUGUUGGUAGAGGAGGCACCAGUGCCAGGGGGAGCAGAUGCAGUGGAGGGGCAGGCGGGAGCAGCUGGAGGAGCAGCGGGAGGAGCAGCUGGAGGAGCAGCUGCACUGGAUGGGCUUGUGGCUGCAGCAGCAGGAGCAGCUGGAGGAGCGGAUGCAGUGGAGGGGGGAAUGCCAGGAGCAGGACGACAGUCGCAGCCGGUGCCGGUGGCAGUGCAUGGUGUGCCGCCGCCCGUUAUCACGGAUUUGGGGUCCGAACCGGUGGUUGCGCCACCGCGUCCUCCUAGUCACUUUGCUCCACAGGAGGUCCGCCGUCCUUUGGAUGCAGACAAGCUGGCGGGAGAGGCUGUCCGCGAUGUGACUCGCUUGGACCGGCGGGUCUUUGACCAGAGGCUACAACAUCCACCAUGGCAGGCGAUCCCUCAAGUUCCAUGGGGUCCUGCAUCGCCGAUGUGGUUUGGGUCUACCUCCACCGGAGCACGUACGGCGGGAGAUGUUCCAGGGGUUUCAGGUGGCGUUGUGGAGACGGCGCCACGUACACGAGACAUGCCACCCCCUCCUCCUAGACCACCUGUAGGUGAUCCGUCAUCGUCGCCCACAGGCAGAGGCUCUCGAUCUCCACACACGCCUGGGAGGUCGAGGAUUCGGGACACUACAGCCGUUGUGGGGGACCCUGGUUUGGGACCCCGCGGCGGCAGGAUGACCGCAGGGAGGGAGGUGGCAGCAUCAGGUUGUGAGCCUCAGCGAGGUCGCGGCAGAGGAGUGUCCGCCGAUAGCUUGGAGUAUGCUCUGAUGGCAGCGACGCGUGCCGUACAUGAGCAGACUCCGCGCAAGCGCGGAGUGCCUCCUCGUCCACGCCCCGUGCCUGCAGAGGGAGGAGAUGCACUUGGAGAGACUUCGGGGGCAGAGGGGUUGGGGAUGCCUCGUGGAUCGCGCCGUGAGCAGAUGGUUACAGAGGCUAGUGCGAGGGUUGUUGUGUUGAGGAAGGCAGGAGCCCCUGUCACCUCGAGGAGGAUGAUCCUGAGACAGAUGUGGCAGUGCGGGAGGAGGACGAGGACUAUGAGGGCGAGGAGGAGGGAGAGGAGGAGAGCGAGAGAGGUUCCGAUGGUGACUACGACCAUGACGAGCACGAGCCCCCACCUCCCCCACCGAAAGGUGCAGCCAGAUGGCGCGCUGCGCAGACUUCUUCAUCAUUACGAGGGAGGAGUUCGACAUCCGGCACGCGAGGGGGUACGAGGAGACAGAGCGGGAAGGGGAAGAAGCGUCGUUGACUGAUGAGGCCAACACUUCUUUUUCCCCUGCUCGCACUGCGGUUCGUCAUGUUGUGCGGUCCUAGUUUUUUUGGUC